AUGACCACCAUGUUUGCUCGUGUAGUUCCAAGAACAAUUCGUGCAUUACCCCGCGCUUCUCCUAUUCAGAACUCCUUCAGAGCUCAAGUUGUUGCCCCUCUUUCGCGACGAUUCCUGGCCACAAACACUUUACCUGAGCAACCACGAUUGAGAUUGGGUUCCGAAGCACCCAACUUCCAAGCCGAAACAACCCAAGGUCCUAUUGAUUUCCAUAAGUUUAUCGGCAACAAAUGGACAAUCUUGUUCUCCCACCCUGCAGACUUCACUCCAGUUUGCACGACCGAACUUGGUGCUUUUGCGAAACUGAAGGACGAAUUUGAGAAGCGAGAUGUGAACAUGAUUGGGUUGUCCGCAGAUCAUCUCCCUUCCCACAAAGAAUGGAUCAAAGACAUCAACGAAGUUUCUGGGACCACACUGCAAUUUCCCAUCAUCGCGGAUGCGGACCGCAAAGUAGCUUAUCUCUACGAUAUGCUUGACGCUCAAGACACGACCAACAUUGAUCAAAAAGGCAUUGCAUUCACCAUUCGUUCCGUCUUUGUUAUCGAUCCUGCCAAAAAGAUUAGACUUACAAUGAUGUAUCCAGCUAGCUGUGGGCGAAAUACCAAGGAAGUGCUGAGAGUCAUUGAUAGCUUGCAGACAGCAGAUAAGAAAGGUGUCACUACACCCAUUGACUGGCAGGUAGGAGAUGAUGUUAUUGUGCCACCAACAGUCAAGACGGAAGAUGCGCGGAAGAAAUUUGGAGAGGUUAGAGAGGUAAAGCCUUAUUUGAGGUUUACAAACGUUGGGCAAUAGAGUCUUUGUUCUACCUUUACUAUCUUGAUACGAUUGUACGACGGUUUAAGGUUAAUUAGAAAUGCUUAGCAUUACAGACAAGAGCUCAUUAUUUCAGAGACUGAUCUUAGCUACAAUCUUACAACUUAACUCGCU